UUGGCUAUUGUGCUCCGUAAUCUUCUUCGCUCUCUUCACUCAGCGAAUUGAAGCUUCGAAAAUGGCGAAAGGUAAGAAGGAGCUUCUCACGUCGGCCCCAUGGAGGGUGGGCCCCGAAGAGGACGAGAAGUUCAAGGACGCAAAGAUGAAGGUUACGAGCCAGCCGGGUUCGACUCCCACUAUGCACGUCCCCGGGAUGAAGUCCGUUAAAUCCAAAGCCACUGAGCUCGAAGACGAUUCUCGCACUGAAAUUGACCCUGAACUACGCUACAGCUUCCAGCGCAACUUCCAGUUUCUUCAGCGUGUUUUCAGCAUUGACACCAUUGUUAAACCUCUCCCAUCUGGAAUGCAAUACAAUGUUUCUCGUAACUUGAGCUUCUUUACUCGCAUCUUUACACAGUUCUUUGAUCCUGAUGGAAUAGCAGAUGCACAAAAAUCUCUAGGCUUGGGACAAGAAGGAAAAACGCGUAGGGUGAGUUGAAGAAGUUGCCAAGUAUCUGUAACUAUUGUGUAUGGAAUUGUCUGCAAUUUUUGUGUGUUGGCAUACUAUUGCUCAUUUUUACUGCUCUGCUACCUUCGAAAUCUAUAAAGUGAGGAUCAUAAAUUCAUAACUUUCUUCCCUUGGCCUUUGUAUGGUUCUGUUCCAUGUUUAUAGAUUAUGCCAAUUCUCAUAA